AUGACUCUCGGUGGAGAAGAAAGGCGGGAUGAUGUCAAACUUGAACGGUCGUUCCAGAAUUGUGUUACCAGGGGCGACCGCUAUCCACUCUUAUGGGCAAUAUACGAAAACUUCAAAGUCGAAUUUUGGGUGGGCGGCAUCUGUGCAUUAUUCUCGAAUCUGCUCCAGGUCAUGACACCCUUCACUUCACGGUAUCUCAUCCAAUUUGCAACAGAUGCAUAUCUCGCGAAACACGCUGGCAAGCCUGGCCCACAGCUGGGACGUGGCAUUGGAAUCGUCAUUGGGAUCUGCUUUAUGCAAACCUGCCAGAGUCUUGGUGCAGCGCAGUUCUUCUAUCGAGGAAUGAUCGUCGGAGCCCAAAGCCGUGCUGUCCUUAUCAAUAUGAUAUUUUCCAAAGCUUUGAAACUUUCCGGCCGUGCGAAAGCCGGUGGUAAAGCCACGGCGGAAAGCUCAGAAAAUCAAGGUUCAAAGGGCACAGCCGAGGAAUCGGAAUCUCUUCGCGCAGCCCGUGACGGGAUUCUCAAGGGUAGAUUCCAAAAGAAACCGGGGAAGGCUAACGGCCCCAAGGUAACACCGGACGCUGCUACGGGCAUUGCCGGUGAUGGCGUUGGAUGGAGUAACGGCAGGAUCAUCACCCUAAUGAGCGUGGACGUGGAUCGCAUUAAUAGAGCUCUUGAAUUGUUUCAUCUACUUUGGACCUCUCCCAUCCUGGUCGUAGUCGCUCUAAUCGUCCUUGUGGUUAAUAUAGGGUAUAGCGCUCUUUCUGGAUAUGCGCUGUUACUGACCGGGCUACCGUUUGUCACCUACUCUGUCCGUUCCCUUAUCAGACGACGAAAGAAGAUAAACAAAAUGACGGAUGAACGCGUUUCUCUUACCCAGGAAAUCCUGACGGCUGUCAGAUUCGUUAAGCUUUUCGGCUGGGAGAGCAGCUUUCUGAGGCGACUGAAGGACAUUCGGCAACGCGAAAUUCACGCCAUCCAAGUCAUUUUGUCCAUACGAAACGCUAUUCUCUGUGUAUCUCUGUCACUUCCUGGGUUCGCAUCUAUGUUGGCCUUUAUAACCUACUCUCUAUCGAACCACGUACUGUCUCCUGCCCCGAUAUUCUCAUCACUCGCACUAUUUAAUGCUCUCCGCAUGCCGUUGAACAUGCUUCCUCUUGUGCUCGGUCAGGUAGCGGAUGCGUGGACGGCCCUUGGACGAAUCCAAGAGUUCCUCCUUGCGGAGGAGCAACAAGCGGACAUACAACAAGACACGUCCUUGGCUCCUGCCAUUAAAGUUGAGGAUGCGUCAUUUGCCUGGGAGCGUUUGCCUACCGAUGCAGCAAAGGAGGCCGACAGGAAAGACGAGAAAAGAAUGAGGAAGUGUAAGGAAGUGAACGAGUCAACCUCGCCUGCCCAGGGAAACUCUACGUGUGAUCUUCCAAUCGAACCUUUCGAACUCAAACAUUUUACUUUUGAGAUCGGCCGUAAUGAACUUAUUGCUGUCAUCGGAACAGUUGGCUGUGGUAAAAGCUCGCUUUUAUCAGCCUUAGCCGGAGAAAUGCGAUUGACAAGGGGCAACGUUACCAUGAAUGCUACACGGGCUUUCUGCCCCCAGUACGCUUGGAUUCAGAACGCCACUGCGAAAGAUAAUAUACUUUUUGGUAAAAGAUAUGACGACGUAUGGUAUAAUAAAGUUGUAGAUGCUUGCGCUCUGAGAACUGAUUUCGACAUGCUACCAGCCUACGAUGCGACGGAAAUUGGCGAACGUGGAAUAACAGUGUCGGGAGGACAGAAGCAGAGGCUUAAUAUCGCUCGAGGUAUUUAUUUUGAUGCGGAUGUUAUCCUCAUGGACGAUCCAUUAUCAGCCGUGGAUGCCCAUGUUGGCCGCCAUAUCAUGGAUAACGCUAUAUGCGGGCUGCUUAAAGACAAAUGUCGAAUACUUGCAACACACCAACUUCACGUCCUCAGCCGAUGCGAUCGAAUUAUAUUGAUGGAUGGCGGUCGUAUAUCUUCCAUCGAUACUUUCGACAACCUUAUGCGUGACAAUGAGGCGUUUCGUCAGCUGUUAGCGACUACGUCCCAGGAGGAGGAUACUUCAAAGAAUGAAAGCGACAGGGAGCAUGGCAUUGAAGCUGCAAGUGUGGAAAUGCCGAAAAAUAAAUACAAAACAUCGAAACCGCUGGCUCUGAUGCAGCAGGAAGACCGAGCAGUUAGUUCAGUUGACUGGGAAGUGUGGAGGGCAUAUAUCGCGUCGUUUGGCCUGCUAAUAAAUGGUCCGUUCAUCGUUUUGUCACUGAUUCUCUGCAGCGCAGGAAAUAUAGUAACCAGCUUGUGGCUUUCAUUCUGGACCGCAGACGAGUUCGGCCUGUCAACUGGCCAGUAUAUCGGUGUAUACGCUGGACUGGCCGGCAUCCAGCUGUGCCUCAUAUUUGCAUUCUCUACGACUCUGUCAGUGAGCGGAACGAAUGCGAGCAGGGUAAUGUUUCAAAAGGCGAUGACGCGAGUUUUAAGGGCUCCCAUGGCGUUUUUCGACACCACCCCUAUGGGUCGUAUUGUCAACCGAUUUUCUCACGACGUUCACACCAUGGACAACGACCUGACAGAAACAAUGCGGAUUUACUAUCUCACCCUCGCCCUGAUUAUAUCCAUUCUGAUUUUGAUCAUCGUGUUCUUUCACUAUUUUGCUGUGGCUCUUGGCCCUCUUUUCAUAUUAUUCCUGAUAGCGACAAACUAUUAUCGCGCAUCGGCCCGAGAAAUGAAACGACAUGAGGCCGUCCUCCGUUCCACUGUAUUCGCCCAGUUCAGCGAGGGUAUCUCGGGAAUUUCAUCGAUUAGAGCGUACGGCGUACAGGCUCACUUCCUUCGUCGGCUCCGUGCAGCACUUGAUGAUAUGGACAGCGCGUAUUUUCUUACAUUAGCGAACCAAAGAUGGAUAAGCGUCAGAUUAGAUGCUAUCGGCAUUUUCAUGGUUUUUGUCACCGGUAUCUUAGUAGUAACGUCGAGAUUCAAUGUUUCACCAAGCAUAUCAGGACUUGUGCUGUCUCAAAUCCUCGCCAUAUCACAGAUGUUACAGUUCACCAUUCGUUGUCUAGCUGAUGUUGAAAACAGCAUGAAUGCCACCGAGCGCAUUCACCACUAUGGAACAAAGCUGGAGGAGGAAGCACCACAAUAUCUGCUCGAAUUGGAUAGCGAAUGGCCGCAACAAGGCAGAAUUUCAUUUUCCAACGUGGAAAUGCGAUAUCGGCCAGGCCUUCCCUUGGUUUUGCAGGGACUGACUAUGGAUAUCCGCGGCGGCGAGCAUAUCGGGAUCGUUGGUCGGACAGGGGCCGGCAAAUCAACUAUCACGUCAACCCUGUUCCGAAUGACAGAGCUCUCUGGGGGGACUAUCAAAAUUGAUGACAUAGACAUAGCCACUGUCGGUCUACAUGACCUGCGGUCUCGACUCGCCAUCAUCCCGCAGGAUCCUGCAUUAUUCCGCGGUACUAUCCGAUCUAAUCUUGAUCCCUUUAACGAGCACACCGAUUUGAAGUUAUGGUCCGCACUUAGAAAAGCCGACUUAGUCGGUCAAGAUACACCGUCAGACUCUUCAACUGACCAAAUCAACUCAUCACCAACGGCCAAACAACCCCAACAGCGCAUCAACCUCGAUACCGUGGUCGAAGAGGAAGGAUUGAAUUUCUCACUGGGCCAGCGGCAACUCAUGGCGUUAGCACGCGCUCUUGUUCGUGAUUCGCGCAUCAUUGUUUGUGACGAAGCAACUUCCUCAGUUGAUUUUGAAACGGAUCGCAAGAUUCAAAAGACGAUGUCUCAGGGGUUCAAAGGGAAGACAUUGCUGUGUAUCGCGCAUCGAUUGCGGACGGUCAUCAACUACGAUCGCAUUUGUGUGAUGGACAGGGGACGCAUUGUUGAAUUUGACGAGCCGCUGAAGUUGUGGGAGAAGCCUGGUGGGGUGUUUCGAGGAAUGUGCGAUCGGAGUGGGAUUCUAAGGGAGGAUUUUUUGGCUGGGUUUGAGGAAUGA